GCACUCUUUGAACGGUGGUUGGCUGGCUCUGAAGAAACAUGGCGGCCUCCAUCAGGAAAGCAGCCCACGAUAUAGAUACGCGAAGCAGGACCGACGAUGUCAUUUUAACGGAGGGGAUCGACUUCAGGUCGCUGUUAUUGUCUGACGUCGUGCUGGAGGGACUGACAGCUGCAGGCUUUCAAAAACCUUCCCCGAUCCAACUGAAGGCGAUCCCGCUUGGCCGAUGCGGACUUGAUUUGAUUGUGCAAGCCAAGUCUGGCACGGGAAAGACAUGCGUGUUCUGCACAAUUGCUUUGGACUCUCUGAUCCUGGACACUUCUGCCACACAGGUUCUCGUGCUGGCUCCGACUCGAGAGAUAGCAGUGCAGAUCCACUCCGUGUUCAUGGCGAUAGGCUGCGCCAUGGAGGGCUUGCAGUGCCACGUGUUCAUCGGAGGCCGGCCUGUCAGUCAGGACAAACAACAUCUGAAGAAAUGCCACAUCGCAGUGGGCUCACCUGGUCGUAUUAAGCAGCUCAUUGAUCUCGGCAUGUUGUCCACCGCCAGCAUUCGUCUCUUUGUUCUGGAUGAGGCAGACAAGCUGCUGGAGGAGGGCAGCUUCCAGGAACAGAUCAACUGGAUAUUCUCCUGUUUGCCUGUGAACAAACAGAUGCUGGCACUCUCUGCCACCUACCCAGAAUCUCUUGCUCAACAUCUUACCCGCUACAUGAGAGAGCCCACUUUUGUCAGGCUCAACCCCAGGGACAUGGGACUCAAAGGCCUGAGGCAGUAUUACAAGUUGGUGCAGUCCCAUCCAUUACCUCAUAAGGUCUUUGAGGAGAAGGUCCAUCUCUUGCUUGAGUUGUUCAGUAAACUGCCUUUUAACCAAGCGCUUGUCUUCUCCAACUUGCAUACGAGGGCUCAGCAUCUGGCAGACAUCUUGUCCUCUAAAGGCCUACCUGCUGUUUGUAUCUCAGGUAGUCUGAAUCAGGAGCAGAGACUUGAGGCCAUGUCCAAAUUGAAGCAGUAUCAAUGCAGAGUACUCAUCUCAACUGAUCUGACCUCUCGGGGCAUAGACGCAGAGAAGGUCAACCUGGUGAUAAAUCUGGAUGUGCCACAGGACUGGGAAACAUACAUGCACCGAAUCGGGCGAGCUGGGCGCUUCGGCACUCAGGGCCUUGCUGUGACCUACUGUUGCCAUGGUGAAGAGGAGAACAAGAUGAUGGCAAUUGCUCAAAAAUGUGGCCUGAAUUUGUCAGCGUUGCCAGCCACCAUUGAUGCUGGACUGAUGGCUGAGCAAUGUGAUUGGGAUGUCUGCGCCGAGGCUUCAUCUCCGGGCCUCCAAGCCCAGCACUUCUCCAUGUAUGAGAAAAAGAAGAUUGUACGCUCUAAAGUGUGCCCGCCGUCUGGUUCUGCCCUUGUCACUGAGGAAACUCAGGACUCCGGAAAGCCUAAGAUGAGCCGCGGCCUUGAAGGGCUUUCUGGAAAGACGCAUCCUACACAGAAUAUGCUCCCACAGAGCCCCUCUAAAGCGGCGCCGACGCGUAAAGAGCUGCAAGACGCACUGCCAAAGAUCUCUCCGCUGAGCUCAUUUAAGAGCUGCACAUCCGGGUUUAUGACGUUCGAAGAGGCUGAGCGGGACUUCCAAGAGUUCAUUAUGACAGGACUGGGAAGAUCAGUGGAGAUCGUCAGGGAGUUCAGUGGCCAGGGCGACGGCGGUGAUUCUAACGGGCACAGAGAAUUUGCCAUGCUUCAUGAUGACGGCGGUGAGUUGUGUCAAGGCUGGAAUUCGGAGCGUCACUCUACAAAAUUAACCCCCGGUUCUUCAAGCCCCGAAGAUGACUUAGACGACAAGGCCCGCAUGACUGUAGGCGGAGAGAGCACUGCAGUCAUUCACCCUCAGACAGAAGCAAAUCAUAGCUGCACGCUGGAGCCAUUUACACCUGAAGCUUCCAUUACAUUCCAGCCAACAAACGCAACGAGCAGCAGAACUUCACCCCGGCCGGGCGACUUGAACUCAAUGCUCGGUAUUAAAGCUGGCGCACAAACUAAUCAGACAUCGUCGGACAGACCAACCAGAAAUGAUCUGACAAAGAAGAAAGUCCAGAUUGAAAAAUGGAGCCGCCGGAAGCCAGAGAAAAUGAAGAAAGAGCAGCAAUGGAAAAGGGAUGAAGACAAGUACGACGUGGAAGAUGACUCUCAUGCUGAGAGUUACUGGAGAGAGUCCUACCGAGCAUGGGUUGAUUACUACGCCUCAAUGUCUCCUUUUCAAGAGCCAACUUACCAAGGCUACUACAGAGCAGCUCACAACUGGAUGGCAGCUUAUCGUAUGAACAAAGUUUAUGUGGAGGAACUGCUCAAACACUGAUUUAUACGUCCCGAGCUACCAGUAAGGAGGGUCAAUAUCAUUAUAAAGUGCCUUUGGUGUCUUCAGAAUCACUUAAUCAGAAUGUCAUGAGGAAGUGAUGAUGUAAUCAGGAAAUAUAGAAGAACAAUGAAAGUCUGAGGUCUUACGAUAAGUGGCUGAACAUUUCCACAGGUACCAGUACAUGAUGUGUUUCCUUCAUUUUAUGUGCUUUUCCCUUCUUUGCAAUAUGUGGUUUUGGCAACGUACUGUUUUGUUAACUGUCAUGUGUGUUGUGGUUCAAUGUUCAUGUUGGGUCAUUUUCAACAUUGUGUGUGUAGUCGGAUGUUGUCAAGCUCGACAAAUCCUUUCAGAAAUUCAAAAUACACAUUAAAUAGCACAAAGUCAUCCUGCCAAACGAAUCGUCCACCCUG